AUGUUAGGUUACAUCUUUCUUGCACUUCAGUUGGUACUUGUCUCACUGCUGGUCGCUUUGUGGCGCGCCUUUCAGCCCAAUACAUGGACUAAUCGAGUAGUGUCAUACAUAAUCAAUGGACUUUUGCUCUGGUGGUACCCGAUCUACUCAGCAGACGGCCAAACACCCAUCCCAACUUGUCCCUACAGAUUUCCAGAUGGCGGCGGGAGUCUUAAAUUUUUAGAGGGAGAAGAUAUCUCGCGGAAAUGGGCAGAGAAGUAUGGUCCAGUAUAUCGGAUCUGGGUUGGCCUCACGCCAGAAAUUAUUCUGACCCGAGCGGAUGAGAUCAAGACUGUCUUCAAGGAUUCGGGCAAUCACUUUAAGGCUUCCAACCUGAAUGGUGGGUGGGUCAUGGGUGAUUUGGUUGGAGAUGGUGUCGGUCUGAUCAGCCAAGGGCACUGGAAAAGAGUCCAUGCUGUGUUUUCACCACCAUUUACUCAGAAGCCCACAACAUACGUGCCAUUCGUUCAAUCUCGGAUUGACCGUCACUUUUCCGAGCUUUAUCGGCAAUAUGAAGGCGGGAAAGUACUUCGCAUCAUGCCCGCCGAAGACCUUAAGCUUUUACCUUUCUGGGUCAUAAGUGAUCUCCUCUACGGAGAGUUGUCCCCAGGGAUGGUGCAGGAACUCCUGCAAAUCACUGAUCUACGAACAGAUGUGUUUCAGUAUGCCUUCAAAGGCGGACUGUCAUUGUUCUGGAUCAGUAAAAUAUUCUCACCCACAAUACGAAACAAAUUGCACGUUUUCCACACUCGUUGGGCCAAUUUCAAUCGACAAGCGUAUCAAAAUGCCAAAAACGGAAGGACUGCCUCUGCUUGCGCCAUUGUCCCCUUAUACGAAGCCGUCGAGCAAGGCCAGAUCACGCCAACUGAGCUGAUGCAUUCCCUCGAUGAAGCACUGUUUGCCAAUAUCGAUGUCACAAUCGGCAGUUUCUCCUGGAUCCCCCAGUUCCUGGCCGAGAAAGGUGAUCUACAGACCGAGCUGAGAGAAGAGAUCUCACAGGCCCGGAUGGAUACGACUGCAGACUCCUGGGCAAAGUACAUUGCCAGCAAUUCGACCCUACUUUCAAGCUGCAUCAACGAGUCUGCACGGCUGAAGCCAGUGACAAACUACACGUACGCGCAAUCGAUGCCCACCAAUCGCGAUGUCGGUGGAUACCGUAUUCCCAAAGGAACCUUCAUGGUUGUCGACACGAACGCAUUGAAUAUCUGGGACGACGCAUGGGGCGCUGACAAGAUGAUCUUCCGCCCCCAGCGGUUUUUAGAAGAGUCUAGGUCGAACUUUCGGUAUCGGUUUUGGCGCUUUGGGUUUGGCCCACGCCAAUGCAUCGCGCAGGCGCUGGCUGAUACCAUCCUUAAAGUAUUGGUUGCGUACACGGUGGAGCACUAUCUUUUGAAGUCCCCGGCCAAAUCUGCCAUGAGUGAGAAGGAAUCCCAGAAACGAGGGGAGGCAUGGUUCAAAGUUGCCGAGCAGGAAAUUAUCUUGGAGCCACUGUAG